CACAAAGGGCUUUUCGCCUUUUCUCUCUCGUCGCCCCGCCCCUCUGGCUUGCUUGUCACAGCCCAGGCGAGCAAAAAGUGCUUCUGGAGAGAUUAAAACAAACCCACCAGUGUGGGCGAGACUCCCUGGGAAGGCAUGCCACAAAGCAGCUCAGUUAACUCGAGGAAGGAACUGUACCGCUCGGGCUGCUGCACAGUAACGGAAUGCAUUUAGUUAACACAAACAUGGCUGCUGCCUUCAGAGCUGCAAACCGAGCCUUGUACCCAUGUAAGUGAACAAACCGGCUGCAUCUUUCUCCAAAGGGUCGUUGCAAUGCCUAUUUCCUUCCCCCUCUCUUCCUUACUAAGAGGAUUCUCCCCUCACCCCGCAGAGGGAGAAUGGGGAGAGCACCUUUUAACUGGGUUUUGCUGGCUGUCUGGAGAGAAAGAAAUGAGGGGGCUCUUGCAUUUUCCUUUCCCCGGGGUGGCGAGAGAUGCGCUUUUGCUGCGGAGGUCGAUCUCCCGGGGUCAGUGGGGGGUGGGGGUGGGAAAAGAGAAAAACGGCGUUAUGCAAGCAGCAUGUUACAGAGGGCUCUGUCCGGCGUCUCUCUUAUAUAAGGACUUCUAGCAAAUGCAUUGCUUUUUUAUUUUGUUAAAGUGACAGCACAGAAACCGCUUUUUCGCAAUCCUAUGCAACUUUUUACGCGGAAUCAGGAUAAACAGACUGGGCAAGAGAAUUGUUCUUUUUUUAAUUAUAGAAAAGGGUUUUCAGCACGCCUUGCAUAAAUCAGCAGAACAAGGCUAGUACUUGAGCGAGAUAUUAUUUUUAAAAAUUAAAAAUCCACGCCCACCUGAGACCCGCAGAAUGCACGCGCGGACUAUAUAGCCCUCCCAGGUAAGGCUAAAGUGCGCGCGGUUUGGGUGCGAAAACGAAAGGGGAUCCGUGUUGCUGACGCCGAGAGCUUGUUACACAACGUGGCCGCCGGAGAGGAGAGUUUGCGUAAAGGGCUUAGCACCACCUCUGGAGAGCUUUGCAUCCGGCGUGCAAUAUCAGGGAAAUGGAGAGUUUGGAAAGUGCAAACUGCAGGGAGUUUGAUUGUUGUUCUGCUUGGAACCGUUUAACUUGGGGGGGUGUUUUCAGUUUAAAUUAAAUAAUUGCAACUAUUUUUAUCUGGUGGUUUUUAAAAAAUAGCUGUAUUUUAUGGUGCUGUAACCCAUCCAGGGAACCUUAGGGUGAAGGAACAAAUACUGUGGAAUGAAUAUUGUCAACAUUUUAAGAAACCAAAGAGAUCUGCAGUUUUUGCUGACCUGCCUCUCAGCUAGGCUCGUUGCAAGGCUCGUUUUUAAAUAUGGAAUUCGUGGGUCUUCUCCCUCCCCCGCUAGGUACAAUCUUUUCCUUUCAGGGAAAACUCAGGUGGUGAAUGUCAAAAGAACUGUAGCAUGUUGGGAAGCCUCCAAGUUUUCAGAACUAAAAAUAUUUAAAAGGUGGGAGGGGAAACCAAAGCAGCCAAUCUAACCCCUAUAGUUGAAUUUGAAGCCCAUUUCAAGGCUUUCAUACCAAACUUGCAUGUAUGAUUAUCGCUGUCACCUUUAAAGACUAGAAUUGAUCACAGUCUCUCACAUGCACAACGUUUGGUGAAUGGGCGCUGAUGAAAAGUUUCUACCAAAAACAGUGUUCGAAAGGCUAAGCGCUUUUUGCAGAAGGGAAUUUCAUUAGCGUGAGCAGUUUCCGAGCUCUGGGCUCAGUACUGUGACUAAGAUUUCAGAUUAAAACUGCAGUGUGGAAAGAAAGGAGGACCUUUUCCUGCCUCCCCACUUCCAGCUACUCUCUGAAGACUGGAGAAGAGACCCUCUUCAGAAUAUUAGGGAGGUGAGCAGGGGAAGGACUGGACCAUGUGAAAAAUGAACAUAAUAUUUUAGCUGCAGUUCAUUCAUUUUCAGUUUUGUAUUAGUGCGCCUAGACAUUCCAUUGUUGUGCCCAUAACCUAGGUUUAAGGUGCCCUUUAGCUCCUAGCUUUCAUAUCUCAGUUUCUAACACUGACCAAAACACAAAAUGUUGGAAGUGUGAUACUGGAUUAUGAAGGUUAGUACAGUGGUACCUCUGGAUGCGAACGGUAUCCGUUCCGGAGCCCCGUUUGCAUCCAGAAGCGAACGCAAUCUGUGCGUGCGCGGAUUGCAAUUUGCCGCUUCUGCUCAUGCGCGUGACGUCAUUUUGACUGUCUGCGCAUGUGCAAGCGGCGAAACCUGGAGGUAACGCGCUCCGUUACUUCCGGGUUGCCCCAGCGAGCAACCCAAAAAUACUUAUCCCGAAGCUACUUCAACCCGAGGUAUGACUGUAUUGUCAGCUUUACGAGUGAAGGUGAGCAGUUUGCACUCCUGUUAUCAGCUGUGAAGUUGGUUCCCCCCUUCCCCAAGCUCUAGACCAGGGGUCGGCAACCUAAGGCCCAUGGGCCACAAGCGGCCCAUGGGGGUCGUUUAACCGGCUCAUGGACCCCCGCCACUCGGUCGGCUCCCAUGCACUGCGCUAAACCAGCAUGGAGCAGAGCAGGGACUGCCUUCCGCAACGCUGGCCAGCUUCCCAUUGGCUGCAGGAAGCUCCUGCAGCCACUGGGUAGCUGCGCACGCCUCUUCAGCGCUGGAAGGAGCGCUGGAAAUAGUGUUCCUGCGUGAGCGCACUCCGGCCCACUGCUGAGUCUGCAGGACCAUGAAUCAGCCCAAGCCACAAAAACUUUGCCAACCCCUGCUCUACACAAGUCAGCUGCCUACAAAUGCAGCCCUUGUUGUUUUAUAGGCAAAUUUUAGAAGAUCCAUAAUAGAGAAGCUCCGUUUGGGGGCGUCAAGUUUUGACCUCGCACAAGGCACCAUAUUACAACAGAUGACUAAAGUAUGCCCAUUGUGCAGGUAUCACUAAGUGGGUAGGCGGCAUUGUGGAGACAGAAAAACCCCACAAGAGAAGCUCUGGAAAUGGCCCUGGAAAUAUGCUUAAAUUUAACAACUGUAGAGUGAAAUAAACCAAUCCUUAAUUUUUUCCUAAAUGCCUGACACCUGCUUAUCGGGGGAUUUUCUGUUGUGUUUAUUUUCCGAUUCCAUUUGCAUCCGUGUGCAUUUUCGAGGAAAUGCUGUAGCUCAGUGACAAGAGGCCGUUUUAUGCAUGGAGAAAGUCCCACGGUCAGUUCUUGGAGUUCAGCAUUGACCGUUCUGGGCUCGGUGAGGACGAAUCAUCUGACUCCGUAUGAGGCAGCUUCUCAUGGGUUUUGAAUGAAUGAAAUACCGCAUUGCAAAGAAACAAACCAAGUAAUAAACUAAUUGUGGGUUGUUCUGUUUUCCCCUUGCUCUUGUCUAGUCACAGCAAGCAAUGGCUGCAGUCGGGCAAGAGUCCAGCUACAAGGGAGAUGUCAGUCAACAGCGACGGCAGCUGCGCAGACCCAAAAAACCAAGCCUCAGGCCCAACCUGAAAAGAGGUAGGGAGCUGUUGUGUGGGUGGUUCAUCUGCACAGGAACUGAUAAAGCUCUACAUAUGGGUGUAGUUUAAACUGAAGAACCUCAGAGAAAUUACAUGCUUUUCAGAGAAGGGGCAGGGGACCCUGCGGCUCUGCAAAUAUUGGUGGACUGUAGUUCCCUUCAGCCCUGGCUAGCAUAGCUGACAGGCGUGAGGGGAGUUUCAGGCCACCAAUAUUUGGAGGGUAGCAGGCUUCUCACCCCUGCAAAAAAAAUUAAAAGUAAUGUCUGGCUGUGCAUACCUUUAACAGGGAGUAAGCCCAACUGGAACACAGUGAGGCUUGCUUACAAAUUAAAAUGGCUAGGAUUUUGGUGCCUGUUAAGCUAGUGUUACCCGUUGGCUGAUGAGAGAGCCAACGACGAGAGCCAGAGUGGUGUAGUGGUUAAGAGCGGUAGUCUCGUAAUCUGGUGAACCGGGUUCGCUUCCCCGCUCCUCCACAUGCAGCUGCUGGGUGACCUUGGGCUAGUCACACUUCUCUGAAGUCUCUCAGCCCCACUCACCUCACAGAGUGUUUGUUGUGGGGGAGGAAGGGAAAGGAGAAUGUUGGCCGCUUUGAGACUCCUUAGGGUAGUGAUAAAGCGGGAUAUCAAAUCCAAACUCUUCUUCUCUUCUGAUGAGGAGUGAAUAUUAACGCCUCCCUUCAGUGCUGGAUUUACAUAUAAGCUAAACAAGCUAUAGCUUAGGGCCCCACUCUCUUGGGGCCCCCCAAAAAACUUAAAGGGAAAAAAACUGGAUGUGCAUUUCCAAAAUAUAAAACAAAAAACAAAUAAAAUAAAACCUACAUACAGCAACAGUGUUUUGUGUUGUGGAGUCUCCUAUGAUGUAAGUCAUGGGCCCCACCUGCUAGCCUGCUCCCUAAAAUAUCACUGGUUUGUUCAUUUUUAUAUAUAGGGUGCCUACAUUCUGCUAUUUAUAAUUAUUAGUAGUUUGCAUCAUCUAUUUACACCUGUUAUUAUUUCAUGUUAUAGCAAGUUUCUAGAGACUAGAUUAUGAGUCUUUGUAAAUUGUAUUUCUAAAGGAACUUUUGUUAUUGCCAAAUGCCAAUGUGUUUGCAUUACUGUAUUAAGUUUGUUAUGAAUAAAAAAUCAUUUUAAGUUAGCACUUAAUAAUAAUUUCACUAUUUAUAUACUUCUUCUCUGGUGGCACUUAUUUAUUUUGCAAUGUUUCUAGGCCGCCUUUCAGGGGCGGGGCGGGGAGAAGGCCUUUCCAAAGCAAUUUGGACGUAAAAUAAAAUGUAACACUUCAAUAUAGAGUUUCAGCACAAUAACAGUCAUUUUAAACAGGUACCCAUUAUGAUGCCUUCCAAACGUGGGUUGGACUCCAUCUCCCAUCAGCCCAAGCCAGCAUGGCCAAUAUCUGGGGGCACAGGAGUAGCUGGGGGAUGCUGGGAGUUGUAGUCCCAGCACUAUGUGACAGGCACCCUGCUGGUUACUCCCAGGUUAAAAUAUCUCACAGUCAGCCAAAUAAGAAGCAAACAAAAAAUGGAAAGUGGAAGGCAACAGCCCUUGUUUUAUUUUGAAUUGAUGUGUUAAACUUAUCCUCCUGUUCUCUUUUUUCCUAUAGGAAACCUAAAACAGGGAUCUUGAUGUUAAACAUGGGAGGUCCAGAGACACUUGGAGAUGUCCAUGAUUUUCUUCUUAGGCUUUUCCUUGACAGAGACCUGAUGACUCUACCGGUCCAAAAGUAAGGCUUAGUGCUUCGGUCUGCCAGAAGUCGUGCUGAGUUGCUUGCUGUUUUGGGAGGUUUAGGAACUCUUUCUUUCUUUCUUUCUUUCUUUCUUUCUUUCUUUCUUUCUUUCUUUCUUUCUACACCUAGCUUUCUUUCUUUAUUGUUUCAUAAAAUGUAUACACCAUUUGAUUGUUGUUUAAAAACACACACCCUUAAAGCAAUUCAUGAAGAGAGCAAAGCAAUAAAAUGACCGGCAAAAGCAGUUAAAAACAACUACCGUAUUUUUCGCUCCAUAGGACGCACCGGACCAUAGGACGCACCUUGUUUUAGAGGGGGAGAACAAGAAAAAAAAAAAUCUCCUCCUCUCUGCUGAGCGCCCCUUCAGCAAAGCGGCAGGAGAAACGGAGCCCCUUCCAUUUCUCCUCCCGCUUCGCUGAAGGGGCGCUGCGCAGCUCUCCCUCUCUGCUGAAGCAAGACUCUCCUGGCUUCAGCGAAAGAAAGCAGAAGCCUGCGGAGCGCACCGACCCCUCUCGCUCUCCAGGCUUCAGCGAAAGAAGCGCGGAGGGAGCGCUCCCUCUGCGCUUCGGAGGCUUUCGCUAAAGCCAAGGAGCCUGUAUUCACUCCAUAGGACGCACACACAUUUUCCCUUAAUUUUUGGUGGGGAAAAAGUGUGUCCUAUAGAGCGAAAAAUACGGUACUUAGAACAUUUGUAAAAUAAUUAGCAAUAAGCUAAAAGCAGAUUAAAACACAUGUCAAUCUGAGCAGGCUUUUGGUCAGGAAGGGUGAUGGUUGACUUCCCUGCCUUGGUUGGAAUUUUCAUUAGCUGACUUAAAUGUGAUGCAGGUAAGUAGAAAGUAUUUGACACCUUGUGUGGUGUUGCAUAUAUCUGGUAACAUUGAAACGGUGCCUUCAGUUCCUGCAAACCGCUGGCUUGCAGUUCCAUGCCAUGCCAGCCAGUCUGUGGUUUCUAGGUGUGCUAACAUGUGCAUAGCUGCUGAUGGCUCAAUCUGAAAUCUGUGUCCAGGGCGGCUGUCUACCAGCUUCAUCUGCUACUCAGGUUGAGACCCUACCUGCCCAUGGACUGUCUUGCCAGAGUGGUGCAUGCUCUGGUUAUCUCCCGCUUGGACUACUGCAACGCGCUCUAUGUGGGGCUACCUUUGAAGGUGACCUGGAAACUACAACUACUGCAAUCCAGCAUGCAGUAGCUAGACUGGUGACUGGGAGCGGCCACUGAGACCACAUAACACCGGUCUUGAAAGACCUACAUUGGCUCCCAGUACGUUUCCUAGCACAAUUCAAAGUGUUGGUGCUGACCUUUAAAGCCCUAAAUGGCCUCGGUCCAGUAUACCUGAAGGAGCGUCUCCACCCCCAUCAUUCUGCCCGGACACUGAGGUCCAGCUCCAAGGGCCUUCUGGCAGUUCCCUCACUGCCAGAAGUGAGGUUACAGGGAACCAGGCAGAGGGCCUUCUCGGUAGUGCUGCCCCCCCCCCCCCCCGUGGAACGCCCUCCCAUCAGAUGUCAAUGAAAUAAACAACUAUCAGACUAAGACAUCUGAAGGCAGCCCUGUUUAGGGAAGCUUUUAAUAUUUGAUGAAUCAUUGUAUUUUAAUAUUCUGCUGGAAGCUGCCCAGAGUGGCUGGGGAAACCCAGCCAGAUGGGCAUGGUAUAAAUAAUAUAUUAUUAUUAUUAUUAUUAUUAUUAUUAUUAUUUAUUAUACAAGAUGCUGGUGAACAGGAUGGAGGUAAAGUGAGAUUGCUAUUGCUAACAGCCAUGUCUCGACAUUUCAGUAAGCUGGCGCCUUUUAUUGCCAAGCGACGGACGCCCAAAAUCCAGGAACAGUAUAGUCGGAUUGGUGGAGGGUCGCCUAUUAAGAAAUGGACUGCUACGCAAGGAGAAGGCAUGGUGAAGCUGUUGGAUGAAAUGUCUCCCCACUCUGGUACAUGAGUCCUUCCUUUAGGCAUGUCCUGCAAAUACUUUUUAAAAAAGACUCUGCACACAUUUGUAUGGCAAAAAGCCAAGAAAAAUACUCUCUUCCAAGCGGUGCAUGUGAAAAAGAUCCAUGUACAGUGGUACCUCGGAAGUCAAACGCCUUGUGACUCAAACGUUUUGGCUCCUGAACCCCGCAAACCCAGAAGUGAGUGUUCCGGUUUGCGAACGUUCUUUGGAACCCGAACUUCCGGCGUGGGUUCCAUGACUUCCGAUGGGGUGCAGGAGCUUCCUGCAGCCAAUUGGAAGCCGCGCCUUGGUUUCGGAACAUUUUGGAAGUUGGACGGACUUCUGGAAUGGGUUCCGUUUGACUUCCGAGGUACAACUGUCGUGGCCUAAAAUGCGAGAAGCACAGUUACAGGGAGCCAGGCGGGAGGGCCUUCUCAGAAAUGGCACCCUCCCUGUUCAGUGCCCCCCCAUCAGACGUCAAGGAAAUAAGUAACUAUACAGUGGUACCUCGGGUUACAUAUGCUUCAAGUUACACACUCCGUUAACCCAGAAAUAGUUCUUCAGGUGAAGAACUUUGCUUCAGGAUAAGUACAGAAAUUGGGCUCUGGCGGCGCGGCGGCAGCAGGAGGCCCCAUUAGCUAAAGUGGUGCUUCAGGUUAAGAACAGUUUCAGGUUAAGAACAGACCUCCGGAACGAAUUAAGUACUUAACCUGAGGUACCACUGUACAGCCUUUAGAAGAAAUCUGAAUGCAGCACUGUAUAGGGAAGUUGUUUAAUGUUUUAUUUUUAUAUAUGUAGGAAGCCGCUCCACUCAGGGUACAAAUAAUAAUAAUAAUAAUAAUAAUAAUAAUAAUAGUUAUAACCAGAGGCAAAGCCCUUUAGGGAAUGUUGGGAUACUGCCGGGGAGACGGGGGCAUCAGGCAGGCCCCCAGCUGGCUCCAGCCACCGGCCGGCAGCGGGGCGAUCACCAGUCUCCCUUGGAACAGCAUCAAACAGCGACACGAGCCUCAGAUACGUUUAGAGACUCGGCACGCUCUAUCAGCAGAGUGAAUAAAUCUUUGCACAACGGAAGUGGCGGACAGAGAAAUGUGUAAGCAUAUUUACAGCAUUUAUUCAGCAUAGUUUAGGAACAAACGAAAAAACAUGUCUGCUUCCCUACGUGUCCAGCAAACAGCUGAAAGCAAAAGCAAUAUACAGAACGGAAGUUCCCGGCAAGUGCUGGAAGUAAACAGGCAUGUGACACACAACAGUCAUGCCUGUUCCCUUUUAAGGUGGAACGGAACUAUAUCCUAACAGGGAAGAGCUGUAGCUCAGUGGUAGAGCAUCUGCUUUGCAGGCCAAAGGUUGCAGGUUCAAUCCCCAGCAUCUCCAGGUCGGGCUGGGAAUGUCCCCUGCAUAAAACCUCAGAGAGCUGCUGCCAGUCCGUAUUGACAGUACUGAGCUCGAUGGAGCAGUGCUUUGCUCGAUAAACGCAGAAGGCACCUGCCUAAUAAGCAAAGCUAACAAAUUCUGCGGUAUAGUUGCUGCGUUAAGCGGCCCGUUUCAUGGCAAACAUCCAGCGGAUGUUGUGAGGAGCAUUGAGCGAUGGUUCUCAAAGAAAGAGAAGGGUGGCUUGUAGCAUGGCCAGAACGCUGCCUGUUCAUGUUUGAACCAGCUCCAACAAGUCCCCCUGGCUGCUGAUACUGAACACAAGCAGAUCUGAGUGUGGCUUGCCGUUCCCGCCGAAACCGUUACUCCUUCCUUAUCCUCCAGCCUGAACUCAGGGGAGGAACCUCGCAAGUUGUUGGGUGGGGCCGAUGACAGUUGCUCAACUUGAGGGCGCCGGGGGAGUCUGGCAAAAUGAGAACCUUAUCAUAUCAGACACUCUCUAAAUGGUCCAUUUGUCAGGCACCCAAAUAACCAGAGUUCUGUGGGAGAUGGAACAGGUUGAACCAAGUUGCAGCUGCACCUGAAUCCUCCCCAUCGGCAGACCCAGACGCAGAUGUGCUUAGUUACCAUGCAUUGCAUGUCCAUCUCUUGACCCGGUGAUGUGUCAAUCAGCCAUUCUGGAUCAAAGCCACCAGGCGGAACUUUGGUAUCCGCAAGCACGAUGCUUUUAAAAGAGACCUGCUAGUGUGGGACACAAGAUUGAUGUGCGUUGCAAAGCAAUUGCACGUGCGAACUGCGGUAAUUAGACCAGCGCACGUAGAUCGUGUUCUUGACACAAGUAAGCACACUGCGAAAGAUCUGAAGGCUAGUCUCCAACACUCCCUCGCCUUGUCAGGCAAGUCAGUAGCUUUUUUUUUUUUUUUAAAAAAAGUAAAAUUAGUGUGUUUAAAAGGGCUGGGGAAUUGGGAGCAUUAAGUUAAUGGUUUAGGGAGCCUUAUCUGCUCCUGUCAGACCUCAUCACUCCCUCUGAUUUUACAGGCUGGCUUCCCCAGUGAAAGCCGCCCUGACUUUUAUCUAUUUGUACAUCCUUUGCAUCUUAACUUUCACUCCUGUUAUGUCAGGCAGGCCUCUUCUGCUUCUACCAUGGCUGCGGGCUACUGUUUUUUUGCUAGAUAAGUGCAAAGCAGGUAGGAAAGGGGAACAACACUUGUUGGAAGCAUGCUGGAGUCUGCGACUCCGACAUGAUGGAAGUCUUUGCUUCCUUGGAGUUCUGUUUAAAAUGGUUAGUUUGUCUGUUUUCUCCUUUCCAGCUGUCAAGGUUUCCUAUUGGGCAAAAUACAGUGGUACCUUGGGUUACAUACGCUUCAGGUUACAGACUCCGCUAACCCAGAAAUAGUUAAGAACUUUGCUUCAGGAUGAGAACAGAAAUGGUGCUCCGGCGGCAGCAGGAGGAGGCCCCAUUAGCUAAAGUGGUGCUUCAGGUUAAGAACAGUUUCAGGUUAAGAACGGACCUCCGGAAUGAAUUAAGUAUUUAACCCAAGGUACCACUGUACCAAUUUAGUGGGUCAUUGGGAGUUGCUAUGAUGUCUGCCCAAAGUGCUCGUGUUCUAUUAAAAAGAUGUGCAAACCAGCUGGGUUGUGUGUUUUUUUUCAGUUUGAGGAUUUAGGUCACACACAAACCCUCUAGUGUAAAUUCAAAAUUUCCAUUGUUCUAGGUGCAUUUUGCGACAGUGAAUUUCAUUAGCGCGAGCAGUUUCUGAGCUCUGGGCACAGUACCGCAUCUAAGAUUUCAGAUUAAAACUGCAGAGUGGAAGGAAAGGAGGACCUUUUUUCUUCCUAACCACUUUCAGCUGGCUGGGCAGGAGAAGGACUAGACCAUGGGUAGGCAAACUAAGGCCCGGGGGCCGGAUCCGGCCCAAUCGCCUUCUAAAUCCAGCCCACAGAUGAUCUGGGAAUCAGUGUGUUUUUAUAUGAGUAGAAUAUGUCAUUUUAUUUAAAAUGCAUCUCUGGGUUAUUUGCGGGGCAUAGGAAUUCGUUCAUUUUUAUUUUAUUUUUCAAAAUAUAGUCCAGGCACCCACAAGGUCUGAGGGACAGUGAACUGGCCCCCUGCUGGAAAAGUUUGCUGACCCCUGGACUAGACCAUGUGAAAAAUGAACAUAAUAUUUUAGCCGCGGUUCGUUCAUUUUCAGCUUUGUAUUCUUGUUAUUAAAAAAAAAGGCAUUCCAUUGUAGCACCCAUAACCUUGGUUUAAGGUGCCGUUUAGCUCCUAGCUUUCAUAUCUCAGUUUCUAAUGCUGUUGCCAUACACCACUCGGAGAGCCUUUCAGAAUUGUUGAGUUGGAAGGGACCCCGAGGGUCAUCUAGUCCAGCCCCCUCUUUAUUGUUUUUAAAAAUAUUAAUAAGGUAGAAAAGACCACAGUGCAGAUGCUGCUGCAACUGGAAGGCCCAGGCAAUGUUUACACCAGCUUUUUCACCAACCUGGUACCCGCCAAAUGUUUUUGCUAUCAAUGUGUGUGAUCCAAAACAUCUGGCGGGUGCCAGGGUAGCGAAAUGCUGCCUCACAUAAUGUUUAGAUCACGUUGCUCCACAGAAUAAGUUCACCAGCUGUCUUCUGUUUCCAGCGCCGCACAAGUACUACAUCGGAUUCCGCUAUGUCCACCCUCUGACGGAGGAAGCCAUUGAAGAGAUGGAGGAGGAUGGCGUUGAACGGGCUGUUGCUUUCACACAGUACCCACAGUACAGCUGCUCCACCACAGGUGAGCCCGUACCUGGAGUACAGAAUCAAUGCCUGGCCUCCAAAGGCAGGCCUUGGUCUAAUCCAGGGGCCAGCUCUGGGAAUCUGUUUGUUCUAUGCCUCAGCAAGAAUCAUAGCUGUCAACUUUCAGAUUUGAAAAUAAGGGAUCAGCAGCCUUGAAAAUAAGGGAUCAGCAGCCGCACCUGUCCUGGGGACAGUCUACGGGAUAUCUGACAAUCCGGGAUAGUAGCAGGAAACGGCGCUGGAAUAAGGGAAUUUCUCGCAAAAAAAGGGAAGGUUGACAGCUAUGGCAAGAAUACGCAAGGCAGUAUUAAAAUAGAUAGUCUUCCUCUUGAUUUUGCGUAACCGCAGUCCAUUCUGCACCUGAGCAGGCUCAGGUCAGGUGCUAGCAUCUAGGCUUGCUAGAACCCCAACAGGAGUUCUCCAGGAGUUUCCCCCCAGUGUUGCCUCGAGUUGCCAGAGAUUGGACCUUCUGCAUGCCAAGCCAGGGCUUUGCCACGAGCUCUACUUGGGCAGCAGCAGCAAUACUGUACAGGGUUCUCCUUUGGCUCGUUGCACAAUUCAUGCUGGUCUUGCUUUAUGUGAAAGUGAGGUGGCGGUUAUGUCAGCAAGCAGCCAGGCAGGUACGCUUUUACUUAGAUGUGGACGUGCAGCAGAAAAUGGUAUUCAAAACUUGACUUUUAAAAAAUGGUUUAGAACCACUGAAUAUCAGUUUCUGAGGAACAAUAGGCAGGGGAAAUGUGGAACCUGCUUAGCUGUGCCACAGCCCAAAAAUUAUUAGCUGGUGGUAACAUGGAGGUGACCUUUUUUCACUGGUACCACCCGUGUUGUGGAACGCUCUCCCUGCUGAAAUACGAGAGGCCCCAUCAGUAUUGGCGUUCCGCCGGCUCUUGUUUCAUUACCUUCCCUUUUCCCAUGAACCUCCUCUCUUAACUAAGGUCUUGUUUUAUCGCUCAUUUUAAUUGUGUGUGUCUGUUUCAGUGUUUUGUUGGAAUUGCCUUGUGUAUUUUAACGUGUGCUUACAUUUUCUGGUAGCUGUCUUUAUACUUGUAAACGGCUUCGAAGCCACUUGGGCAGUGUAAAUUCAGUAACAAGAAUAAUACGUCCUUUUUGAGAGGCUUAUCUUCCUGGCGACACCAGCCUGACCACUGUGAGGGACUAAAUGGACCUUGGGUCUGAUCUAGCAGGGAACUCGUCCUUCGCAGAGUCCCUGUAUCCCCUCCUUCCUUACCACAAGUCGCCUUUUCUGCUCUUUUUGCCUUUCUGAUGGGCUCAUUGCUUUUGUCCCCUUCAGGGAGCAGCUUAAACGCUAUUUAUCGCUACUAUGACAAAAAGGGGGAUAAACCAAAGAUGAAGUGGAGCACAAUCGACAGGUGGCCAACGCAUCCCCUUCUCAUUCAGGUAUGGAAUUAUUGGUGGGAACCAAAGCGAGGAGUAGCGGAAACCAGCCAGGUUUGCCAAAGUGCCAAGCGUCUGUUGUGUCUGUGGGGGCAGGAUGCAGGACAGUGGUUCUCCAACUCGGGUCUCCAGCUGUUGUUGGACUACAACUCCCAUCAUCCCUAGCCAGCAGGAUGAUGGGAGUUGUAGUCCAACAACAGCCGGGGACCCCAGGUUGGGAGAAACACUUGAUAGGAUCUCUCUGACAUGCAGUGAGAACGUAGGUUCCUCAAGGAGCACGAGGCUGUAUUUGUGAAACAAAUAGCUGAAUAGGUCAGGGUUCUUACUUGGAGCCUUUUCCCAUAUUUUAUAAUCGUUUUUUGUUUUAUUCUUACGUAAAAAUGCAUAAUUGUUAGUUGGUGCAUGCAUAGAAAGGUUGGAAGAAAAUCUUGGUGUAACAUAGGAUAAUACUAUUAUUAUUUUAAAAAAUGCAUUCAAAUUCUCAGCUGUGCUUGAGGAUCACUGUCAUGAUUGGGGAGGCUGGUAUUUGGACUUGUGCUUUAUUUCUCCAACUUUUGCUUUUCAGUGCUUUGCAGACCACAUCCAGAAGGAAUUGGACUUAUUUCCGCCCGACAAAAGGAAAGAUGUAGUUAUCCUGUUUUCCGCUCACUCUCUGCCAAUGUCUGUGAGUAACAGCAAUCCAUUUCCAAAGCUGCAAAAUAUUUUCUUAGAGGGGUGAUUUUUAAAAAAAUCCUUGUUUGUAUGAUCUAAUGAUCCAUUCGCCAGUUUGCCUGUCCAUACACAAAGACCUGCUCCCUGCCUUGCAGGCCUUUUCCUACCUGGCCUGGGAGGGUGGAGCCCGGACUGACUCCAGCUACAAAAGCUGAGGCUGUUGAACCAACUCCUGGCCGGGGCUGUUGUUGUUGUAUCUUUAUUUUAGAUCUUGUGAUUUAUAUAGGAGUAUAGCAUCUAGAUCAAGGGAAGUAAUAGUGCCACUGUAUUCUGCUCUGGUCAGACCUCACCUGGAGUACUGUGUCCAGUUCUGGGCACCACAGUUCAAGAAGGACACUGACAAACUGGAACGUGUCCAGAGGAGGGCAACCAAAAUGGUCAAAGGCCUGGAAACGAUGCCUUAUGAGGAACGGCUAAGGGAGCUGGGCAUGUUUAGCCUGGAGAAGAGGAGGUUAAGGGGUGAUAUGAUAGCCAUGUUCAAAUAUAUAAAAGGAUGUCACAUAGAGGAGGGAGAAAGGUGGUUUUCUCCUGCUCCAGAGAAGCGGACACGGAGCAAUGGAUCCAAACUACAAGAAAGAAGAUUCCACCUAAACAUUAGGAAGAACUUCCUGACAGUAAGAGCUGUUCGACAGUGGAAUUUGCUGCCAAGGAGUGUGGUGGAGUCUCCUUCUUUGGAGGUCUUUAAGCAGAGGCUUGACAACCAUAUGUCAGGAGUGCUCUGAUGGUGUUUCCUGCUUGGCAGGGGGUUGGACUCGAUGGCCCUUGUGGUCUCUUCCAACUCUAUGAUUCUAUGAUUCUAUAUGGAAAUUGUUCAGCUUGGUUGUGCUUAUCAAAAUGUUUUAUUUAUUGUUCAUUACUACUUUUGUUAUGUUGUGGUUAUGUAUUUUUUUCUCAUGUUGUAAGCCACCUUGGGCAUGGUUUGAACUGCAGAAAGGCGACACACAAAUAAAAUUAUGUAUGACUGUAGAGUGUCAGAAAUACUGGGUUCUUCCUCGUAUCAUUCUCCUGCCCCGCGCAGGGAUUUUUGAGAUCUGUGGAAAUUUGGUGCCAUCUAGUGGUUUCUCUUUAGCACCGAAAAUAAGUUGCAAUGCUGCAGUUCUGAAUUAAGCUGUCUGGAGUUUGAAGGCACAAAUGUUGCUUCAGUGGAAGAACAAACCACUAGAAAUUAUUUUUUAAAAUAUCCCCCGAUAACAUAUUGCAUCUGCUUGAAAUGCCUUGUGCCUUGUAUUAAACUACAAUCGGUUGGCUCCCGAACGCCACAAACCUGGAAGUGAGUGUUCUGGUUUGCGAACUAUUUUUGGAAGCCGAACUGUCCGAUGUGGCUUCUGAUUGGCUGCAGGAGCUUCCUGCAGCCAAUCAGAAGCCAUUCUUUGGUUUCCGAAUGUUUUGGAAGUCGAACGGACUUCCGGAACGGAUUGCGUUCGACAUCCAAGGUAUGACUGUAUCUCCCUAGGAAGUGGAAUGAAUUGCUGAACCUCUCUGUCAAGUGUAGCUCUGUAAGGAGAAUUAGGGUCUCCCAGCGACACUCAGCACCCUUGACAAAACUCCAUUUCUCGGGAUUCCUUGCAGGAAGCCAUGGCUGUUUAAAGUGGCGUGAUACUGCUUUAAACAUAUAUAGUGCAGACAGGGGCCAUAAUUUAUUGGGUAUAAGAAACAAUUGGUUCUAAGCUUAGGCUGGGGCUGCAUCUGAUGGGACUUCUUAUGAGUAAGGGGAACCCUUUAACUGGCAUGUGUUGUUGCAAAGUGUGGACUAAUUGCGGUGGUUUGAUAGCGUAGGGGGAGCAUUUGUAGUGUUUGUUUUAACCCCGAUUGAGCUGUUUUAGCUAACUUGCCCUUUCUGUCCCAUAGGUAGUUAAUCGUGGCGAUCCGUACCCACAAGAGGUGGGAGCAACCGUUCAGAGGGUUAUGGAGAAACUCAACUACUCCAACCCGUAUAGGCUUGUGUGGCAGUCCAAGGUAUAUUUUUAUUUCAUUUAUUGACAUCAUGGGCAUACUGUCCAGUGAAAGACCGCAGGACAGUUAGCAAUAAGCUUGUUCAGCUGUCGGAAUUGGCCUGUGAGAGUAGAUCCUGAUAAGGAUCUGACCCACAAAGCUUAAAAGUGUCCCCACGCCUGCUUUAAAAUGUGGUGUAUAUAUUGAAUCACAACUUAAUACAGUGGUACCUCUGGUUAAGUACUUAAUUUGUUCUGGAGGUCCGUUCUUAACCUGAAACUGUUCUUAACCUGAAGCACCACUUUAGCUAAUGGGGCCUCCCGCUGCCGCCGGACCGCCAGAGCACAAUUUCUGUUCUCAUCCUGAAGAAAAGUUCUUAAUCUGAGGUACUAUUUCUGGGUUAGCGGAGUCUGUAACCUGAAGUGUCUGUAACCCGAGGUACCACUGUAAUCUCUCUCUCUCUCUCUCUCUCUCUCUCUCUCUCUCUCUCUCUGUGUGUGUGUGUGUGUGUGUGUCCUUUACCCUAGGUUGGUCCUAUGCCUUGGCUGGGUCCUCAAACGGAUGAGACGAUCAAAGGGCUUUGCCAGAGGGGAAAGAAGAAUAUUUUGCUGGUUCCAAUAGCGUUUACUAGUGACCACAUAGAAACGCUCUACGAACUGGACAUCGAAUACGCGCAAGUCUUAGCCAGUGAGGUAAACUGUUCUGCUUUCCUUGCCAUUCUGCACAGUUGUAGGCUGAAGGCUUUAAGCCUGCUUAAUAGAAAGCAGAUCCCAUUAUAAACAUAGAGUCAUAGAAUUGUAGAGUUGGAAGGGACCCUAUGCAGGAAUCUCAGCUAAAGCAUCCAUGACACAUGGCCAUCCAGCCUCGCUUAAAAACAUCCAAGGAAGGAGAGUCCACAAUCUCUGGAGGGAGAUGGUUCCACUGUCCCAACAGCUCUUACUGUCAAAAGUUUUUCCUGAUGUUUAGUCAAGAAAUCUCCUUUCUUGUAGCAUGAUGCUUAUUUCUGUGUAACCAUGUUUAAAAUAGGGCUGUAGGUUUUGUUUCCAGGGGGCAGCUGCGUUUAUCUGCUGGCAGCCAAAACAGCAGAGAAUUUAUGUGGCGCCUUAAAAACUUAACAGAUUUCAUUGGGCACAAGCUUUCGUGGAUUACACUCCAUUUUCAUCAGCUGCCUGCACGAAGUAUUAUUGUGAUUUAAAGACAGGUAGGUAGGUAGGUUCUAAGGGACGCGGGUGGCGCUGUGGGUUAAACCACAGAGCCUAGGACUUGCCUAUCAGAAGGUUGGCGGUUCGAAUCCCCACGACGGGGUGAGCUCCCGUUGCUCGGUCCCUGCUCCUGCCAACCUAGCAGUUCGAAAGCACGUCAAAGUGCAAAUAGAUAAACAGGUACCGCUCCGGUGGGAAGCUAACCGGCAUUUCCAUGUGCUGCUCUGGUUCGCCAGAAGCGGCUUAGUCAUGCUGGCCACAUGACCCAGAAGCUGUACGCCGGCUCCCUCAGCCAAUAAAGUGAGAUGAGCGCCGCAACCCCAGAGUCGGUCACUACUGGACCUAAUGGUCAGGGGUCCCUUUACCUAGGUAGGUUCUGUGAUUUUGUGUUGGCACCCUUCACCAUCCAGGUGCCCCUUCCAGCGCCUGUUGGCUUUUGUAGUACAAAACACUUGAAGGCACCAGGGUGGCGAAGGUUGGUGUAGAAUAGUCCCUCACCCCCAACCAUGUUUCAGUCUGUACCUGUAAUUCAAGAUGGUGUUUCUGAUGUAGUCCAUGAAAUAUAAUAUAUAAUUAAUGCCUAAAACACUUAAGUGGAACCAGGCGUUCAGGGCUCUGUAUAUGUAAACAAGAACCUUGAAUGCGGCGUGGUAGUGUAUGUCUUAACAACAAUUAAAACUCAGCACCAAGGAACUAGACAUUAAAGACGAAAGGGUGUGUGUGUGUGUUGGGUGUUUUCUCCUGCUCUCUGUUAGCGGAUGACACAAUCCAGGAUUUAGGUUAUUUCCUCUUGAGAGGGACAGGAUGGAAGCAGCUACAUGUGACAUAGCAGGUUGGCUGUGAUGGUUAAAAUGACCACCAAUAGAAGCAGCCCUUUUCACUGCUGUGCUGUUGGUUGGAUGCAAGCACUAAAUAUCAGUGCAGUUUGCAAAUGGAAAGCCAUAUUUGGGUAAAAAUCCCGGGGUUUGGGUAGCAGAAAAGAGUUGAUGUAAAUGGGUUGGUUUGGCGGGGGGGGGGGGUUUGGGGGGGGACCACUUCCCCAGUCCCUUGGCAAUCAGACAGUGUGUUUGCAGAUUUUUCCUAAGUGAUUUCCAGGGUACUGGAGGGACAUGGGACUACAGCAGCAGCGGGGAAUCCGUAGCCCUCCAGAUGUUGCUGAACUACAACUCCCAUCAUCCCUGACUGUUGGCCAGCCUGGCUGAGGUUGAUGGGAACCAGGAGUUUCACAUCAUCUAGGGGUGCCACAGGCUCUCCAUAACUGGACUGCAGGAAAGCUCCUGUACUGCUCUAAUAACGUAUGAACUGGGCUUAAUUGUGCCUCAUUAAUUCCCGUUGCUCUCUGCAUCAUCCUUGAAACAAGGGCUUUGUCUGAGGGCUAUGGACUUAGUGAGAUGAUACCACAUGUUAAACUAUUUGCUCCCUCUCUUCUUCUCCAGUGUGGAGUCGAAAACAUCCGAAGAGCAGAAUCCCUUAAUGGAAACCCAUUGUUUGCCAAGGUAAUUCCACCCCUUUUGAGUCUCUCCAGUCUCCUAGUUAGGGAUGGCAGACAUGAUUCCCAUCCUUGUCAAUUUUACAGGGGUUCAGCUUUUUUUCUACCGCUCCUGUUAAGUAAGAGGAAGGGAUGUAGCUCAGUGGUACAGCAUCUGCUUUGCAUGCACACAGAUGGAGCAAGGUUGAAAGCAAACUAUUGUAUUGGUAGACCAUGUAUACCUGAAGGAGCUUCUCCACCCCCAUCAUUCAGCCCGGACACUGAGGUCCAGCGCUGAGGGCCUUCUGGCGGUUCCCUCACUGCGAGAAGUGAGGUUUACAGGGAACCAGGCAGAGGGCCUUCUUGGUAGUGGCGCCCACCCUGUGGAACACCUUCCCUUCAGUUGUGAAGGAAAUAAGCAGCUAUCUUAUCUUUAAAAGACAUCUGAAGGCAGCCCUGUUUAGGGAAGUUUUUAAUAUUUAACGCUGUACUGUUUUUAACACUUGAUUGGGAGCCGCCCAGAGUGGCUGGGGAAACUCAGCCAGAUGGGCGGGAUAUAAAUAAUAAAUAAAUAAAUAAUAAUAAUAAUAAUUAUUAUUAUGAGAAUUCGUCCCUCACAGCUCAGUAAUGUCUACACUGGCUGGCAGCAGUGCUCUAGGGUUUUGUAUGGGGCCAUUCUGGGCCUUACCUGGACAUGCCUAGGAUUGAACCUGCAACCUUCUGUAUGCAAUGCAGUUGCACCAGCACUGAUCUCUUGUUCAGGUGUGGAGAAAUUAUUGGACUGGGUUUUCUAGUUCGGCAGAAUGAUCCUGACUCCUGCGGAGAUAGGGAGGAGGAUUAGGAUGGGACAAAGGAGUGGCUUUGCUAGGACCCCCCCCCUCCGGCCACCUAUGGAAAGUUCCACAGUAUAGUUGUGUCCAACCAUCAGUGCUUGGAGACAGCAAAUUCAAAGCUCCCCUAAUUGGGAUGUGAAUAGGUGCUAGGGGAGGCUAGAUGUACAGUUGCAAUCACAAUAAUUCAACCCCCGUUGCAAAUCAGGUUUAUUAUCAAAAUUGACAGACUUUCAGCUGUUUUGCAAUAAGCAAAUCAAAAGCAGUUGAAACUUCAGAUGCUUCAAGUGGUUUCCCCAAGUUCAGCUGAAAACGCAAUAAUAGUGAGACUGGAGAAGCCAACAUAAGUUUCACUUUCAGCUGAAUUUGGGAAACCACUUGAAUAUUUCCGAUUGCCACUGUAUUAGAUAUUUAAUUCUUCCUUCCUCACGUUUGUGAGUUCAGCAGAGUGCCAUCCCUUUGCAGCUGAGAAGGGAAGCUUAGUUUUAGCCUUUUAUUUUAAGUAAUCCAGGAUGCUUUAAGGCAGUCUGGAAUUUCCUGGUAUUUCCCCUUUUUCUACUCCUUAAAAUAAUAAUUACACAGAUAGCCUUGUAAAAGAUAAAAAAUAACAUUUACUAACUCAGGAUACUUGCUGAAGAGCAACAGAUGCAGCAACUUGGUUCCGGCAGGCUUAAAGAGGGUCUCCUCUGUGGGGUGUGCAUGAAACAGGGCCUUCUCAGUGGUGUCACCCAGGCUGACACCCAAUUUGUUCCCUUCCUGACUUCCACAACCAGUGGAACCAGUGCCACCCAAGCAUUUAAUUAAUAAAUGCCCAAGAUACUCAAUGGUCUGUUGAAACACAUCUGGAAAAUCUUGUGAAGGGAAUUUUCCAUAGCAUACGUUUUUAAUCUCAAUUUGGCCUUUGAUACUCCCUUGCAUCAAUAAACCCAGCUUGCAACAACAACAACAAUAAUAACAAUGUACAUAUAUUGUAAGAUCACCAGCUUGCACUUACCUUUUUGUUGGAAGCCUAAUGUUUGUGGUUUUUGUCCUUCAUUUUUUUAAAAAAACAUUUUAUAUUAUUUUACUUCUUUUCAGGCCCUCGCAGACUUGGUCUCUUCCCAUCUCAAGUCGAACGAAAUCUGCUCCAAGCAGUUAACCCUCAGUUGCCCGCUUUGCGUGAAUCCCACUUGCCGAAAGACAAAAUCGUUCUUUACCAGUCAGGAGCUGUGAUGCGCAUUUGCAGUGGGUUCACUUGACACAGAGUAUAACUCUGUGGAUCCUGCCCUGUGCGCCCGUUUACACUGCUUUCUUUUGCCCCACUCAGGGCCGCUUCAGACGGGACGAUUAGCCUCCUGUGUGUGCUAAGAAGGGUCCCAAAUGGGGUUUGCACUGGUCUGAAGGAGGGAUGAAUCUGAAAUCUUUUUAUGUUUAUUUUUUGUUUCUAUGGAGGGAUCUUGCAUUGGAAGGGAAGUAACAUUUCAAAGGGUUUCAUCCUGCCGGGGUUGCUGAGAACACACUUGUCUUCCUAUAAAGGCAUUCAGGGGACUCUUAGCACCUCGCAGUAUCAAGCUUGGCACUAGGCACUGAAAAACGAGCAAAAUUUCUGAUACUUAUGAACUGCAUAUAUACUGGAGUAGGGUUCAGCAGUGAUGUUGAAUAAUAGCAACUGGCUCGAUUUCAGCUUGCAGGGACUGGUUGCUGUCCAGGUUAGUUUAAUCACUUCUAAAAGAACUACUCCAAGGAACUUGACCUGAGAGUUACAACAUAGAUCUCUUAAUAUGUACUUGUCAUAAAAAUAGUAUUUUUAAAAUCCUUCCAUGUAGGAUACUACUUUUUCCCCCUCUGUGGUGUGUUUUGUUUUUUCACGCUUGGAACUCUGCAACUAACCACACUGACCAUCACACUGCUGAUACUGGUUUGUUUCAAAUCAACUGACACCUUUUUUAAAGCAUGUAUUUGUGUUUUUUUAAAAAAUGAAGUUUUUUUUUCUUUUUUGUGGGGUUCGUUCUUCCCCUCCCCCCACCCCAAAAAAUGCAGAAUUGAUUCUGCACCAGCCCAGCAGCUUUCAGUUCCUUUGACAGCAGAGUUAUCUAAAUUGAAUGGACGUGCGAUUUCGGUGGUCUCGGUGACAGCGUCUGCCCAAUAAGCCAAAGAUCAAGAACUUGUGCCCCUUCAGAUGUUGCUUGACUCCCACUCCCAUCAGCCCCAGACAGUAUGGUCUAAUGGUCAGGGAUGAUGGGAAUUGCAGUCCAACAACAUUAUGAGGGCCAGAGAAUCUCCAUCCCUACAAACCGCCCAGAUCCUUGGCCUCAUAAGCCUUCCUGAACUUUCAGGCCUGCCAUUCAGGCUUGUCCCUUGGCCCCCAGUCAGGUAAACAAACCACCUUAGCUUGACAUUCAUGGUUUGUUUCUCUGUAAGGAGCCAGGAUUCAUUAAGCCAGCAACGAAGUUUGGGUUGUUAGGGACAAACCAACCGCGAUCCCUAGUUCUGACAUCGCACCAAGCGGCAUCCGGCUGGUCCACAAUAUGACAUAUUAAGCCAGGGUUCUCGGCUUAUCAUCAUGGUCAAACUUGGCCUUUGUACAACGGGAAAGCUUUUAUUUUUUCCCUUGGAAAGCAUAACCUGUCAAGAAAUCGCCGUAGCCUGUGGCUUGGGGAAGCUACAUUGAGACAGCAUUGAUUGUGUGUAUAUUGUGGUUCAACGAGUACAAAUGUCUCUUCAUAACUUCUGGAUGAGACUCUGGGAAGUGCUGCAUCCAUAUAACAGCUUGGACCUGAGGAGUGACUCCUCCUUUCUGGCCCAGGAACCACAUUCAGCCUUGGCCAAUCCUUUGGGGUCUGCAUAUCAGCAGUGGGUGUGGCCAGCCACCCACUCUACCUGGAAGACAGGUAAGGCACACAGGCUCCCCCGAUCUGUGAAGAUGAGCUGAGAUGUGGGGAUUAUCACACCACAUCAUACAUUCUAUGAUUUAUUUUUGCUGCUGCCAAAUCAAAUUCAUAGGUGGUUGUUGGAGCGUAAAACAUUACUGGGAGGGGGCGGUUCUUGAUCAGGCCUCCAAAAUGGGGGCUAGCCACCCCCAUCCCAGCUCCCAUAAGCUGAGGCUAGUUUCAGCUGGAGACCUUCAGUAAUGAAGUUGUGCAGGCAAUGUUUUUAUAUCUAUGUGCAUAAGCACUGAUGGUUGUGCAGUUCUACACACAAAAGGUGCAGAGUAUGUGCAAAUCAAUGGGAAUUUCUGUGCUUUGCUCAGUAUGGGUAAUUGCCAACUGACGUCGGAGAAUGUGUGAAUCGAUCAGUGUUGUCUUUUUACAUUGCUCAAUUAAUACACAUAACUUGUGUGCAAAUUUUGUAUGCCACUUGGCGAAUUAUUCUAAGGGAGAAUGUGAAUGUUACCAGGGGAGCAUUGUCCGUUUUGCAUAUUCUCCACGGCUGUGCUAUGCUUGGUACCAAUGUGAUCUGGACAUGGUAAAAUAAAAAUCCACUAUUGAUGACCUCUGCAUAUUCUGCACACCUCUGGUUAUGUGUACAGCCAUUGGCGUUCGCAAACCUACAUUUCUGAAGUUGGGUUAACCGCAGUGUGUGUGCAUGGAACACAUUGGAAUGGAUGUGUCACUUUGAAAAAAGCAAAGGUUCUGACCUUCUUUUUACUCCUUUGCCUAGUCCUCAGACCUUAGUUGGCACAAAAGAGUCUUUGAGAAAGAGUAUUCUUGCAGAGUAUUGCUGCUUUUAUUCUUAAAAAGUCUUCUCCAACCACGACCGACAGCUUUUACACACACCAAACACAACCAGCUUUCUACCAUUCAACCAACCCACGCCCAACACUAACAUUGACCACUCUAUACAGGUACAAUUUGGUGAAAGGUUGCAUGAGUCAUUGUAGGCCGCUGACUCAUGCUGACUUAGUUCUUUUAGUAUUAAAGAAACAGCAGCUAAUUUUUAGCCAUGACAUGUACCCUUGCAAAUUGCCGGGCUGAUGCUUCUGAACUGGAACUGUCAAGAAAUUCAGGCUCGAUAUUUCCGACAGCCUCUUACUUUAGAUCAUUCCAGUGGGGAAUUUUAGAAAUGUGCGUCAUAAGGACUUGCUUGUUCUUGUCAUACAUUACGUCAGGUGCACGGUAAAAUUACGGAACCAAGAAUGACACCUGGGCACUUGCUUAAUAGCAGAGUUUGGUGCUUCCUGGGAAAUGUCAACAUUGUCUGAAAUGCCUUCAGGAUCUCUUAAGAAUUGCCAGUAAAUGUAAAACAUUCACCAGACUGUUGACACCCACAGCAGGUGCCAUUUGUCCUCCAAUGGUAACUGCUCUACUCCAGAAGCUGCCCUGUUGAAUGUAGACUAUUGUGAGAAGCGAGUGCCCUUCCCAUUUCCCUCCGUUGCUCCUGUGUCAGGAGCCUUGUCUCUUUUAAACCAGCAUUCUUGUCUUCACGGAGAGCUUCCUUCUCUUUGAACAAGCGGGAAUAUGAGGCCGUUCUUCAGAGCUGCGUUAUAGAUCUGCUUAUCGCUUUCUAGCUGUCAAGCCACUGUGGUUUUUGUGGUAUUUCUAUGGAUGCAAAUUGAUCUGGAUUUAAUUCAUGUUGUCAAUUAAACUCCAAAUGAUCUAUUACAGCGUUUUUUCUUUUUCAAAUGGUGGUGAACACGCGAGACUGCUGGUGGCAAGCUUGUACUUCUGGUUCUUGGCAGGCAGAAGAUUAUAAAUUUCCUUGAGUCAAAUAAAUAAAAUGUUGGACUCUC